UUUAACAACGUGUGCUUGAAGAAACUCUGGGUGGCUUGAAAGAAGGUUCUAGUAAAGCUGACAGAGUGCGACAUUAAAGAACAACGCUAGUUUUCCCGUCGACGUAUUUGCCUGUUUGACGAGAAAUAAUGUCAGUCAUCGCCGAAGAAAAUGUGCGGGGCGAAAGGGUUUUCAAGGAUAUAAGCGCCGACGACGAAGAUUCGCAGCCCACCGAAAUCGAGAGCCUGUGUAUGAACUGUUACCAAAACGGCAUGACUCGUAUGCUUCUUACUAGAAUCCCUUUCUUCAAAGAAAUCAUCAUCAGUUCUUUCAGCUGCACCGACUGUGGAUGGUCCAACACUGAAAUCCAGUCAGCCGGUCGGAUACAGAACCAAGGGGUAUGCUACACACUGAAAGUAAAGUCAAAACAAGAUUUGAAUCGAGAGCUUGUAAAGGCCGACAGUGCGACCACUAGAAUACCAGAACUGGAUUUUGAAAUUCCCGCAUUCGCACAGAAAGGUUCCCUGUCUACUAUUGAGGGUCUUUUAGAUCGAGCAAUUGCGGGACUCGAACAAGACCAGCCUGUAAGGAGGGCGACGACGCCGGAAGUAGCUAAGAAAUUAGAUGAUUUCAUCGAGAAAUUGAAAAAGCUCAAAGAGGUGGAAGAUGAGUUUACCUUGAUCAUCGAAGACCCAUCUGGAAAUAGUUUUGUGGAAAAUCCAGUUGCUCCCCAGGCAGACGAGGCCCUCACUGUCACCAGGUUUCAGCGGACCAUACAUCAGGAUGCACAGUUAGGGUUAAGACCCGAUGACGACUUGGAAGAGGAAGAACCUGUUAAUGACCUGGAGACUAUGAGAAAUGAGGUUUUGGUGUUCAACACCAAUUGCCCAGAAUGCAACGUACCGGCUUCUACCAACAUGAAGCUUGUCCAAAUACCUCACUUCAAAGAAGUCGUUAUCAUGGCCACGAACUGUGACGAGUGUGGACAUCGGACAAAUGAGGUGAAAUCAGGUGGUGCAACAGAGGAGCUUGGUACCAAGAUCACUCUGCAUGUCACUGACCCAUCAGAUAUGAGCAGAGACUUGCUUAAAUCAGAAACGUGUAGCGUUAUUAUACCAGAGCUAGAGUUUGAGCUGGGUAUGGCAGCUCUGGGCGGUAAGUUCACCACCCUGGAAGGACUGUUGAAAGACAUCAAAGAGCUGAUUGUCUCCAAAAAUCCUUUCCUUUGCGGUGACAGCAGCAACCAAGAACAGGUGAACAAACUGAAGCUCUUUGGGGAGAAGCUAGACAAGAUUAUUGCAGGACAAAUGGAUGUCCGCAUCAUUCUCGACGACCCGGCAGGGAACAGCUAUCUCCAGAAUGUCUAUGCCCCCGACCCGGACCCAGAGAUCACCACUGAGAAGUACACCCGUACAUUUGAGCAGAACGAAGACCUUGGUUUGAAUGACAUGAAGACGGAGGGAUACCAAGAAUAAACUGAAUUGUUAAACCAUUUGAAAGGCCUGGAAGCCAGGCUGUUUUAAGUUAAAUGAGACGAAUAGAUCAGGACACCAUAAGGAUUUUGACGAAAGCCUGGCAUUAUAUUUCCACACUGUUUUUUCUGCCUUGGUCAUAUUAUUUGAGUUAAGCAUUUAUGUGUGCUGACAUCAGCAGUAAGUUGUACUACUCUGAAUAAAUACAUUUAAGUUGAAUAAAUUAUAAUGGGAAAAUGAACUAAAAGUUAGAAGAUUUUUUAGUAACUCGGCAAGUGUUUUGCUUAAUGAUGUAUAUGUGAAAGCCCAAGUUCUCAAUGCCUGUUGCAUUUUUACACCAUUCCAGGAGGUGGCGCCCUAUCAUCUGCAAUACCGUGUGUUUGUACACAGGGAAUUUAAAAUGAGUUUUUCUAUUGUCUUAAAGCAUGACACCCCAACAUUUAAUAUGUGCUUUAAUUUCGCUUUUAAUUUUUUUUGUGCACUUGGCCGAUGUUAAGGAAAGCAGGCAGCAUUUUCUGUUAACAAGUGCUUUUAAUAGCUGCUUAAAUUAUUUCAAAAUAUCUACACUCUAAGUUAAAAUGCAUGUCUGCAUAGUGUUCUCCAUAAAUACCCAUAAUGAUUCUGCAUUGUUUUAUUUUUAUGCUUGCUUAAUUCUGGUAAUGGAAUGGUCAUGCAUUUCAGUCAGUCAACGCCUUGCUUGACAGGUGUGUGUGCAUAUGUGUGUGUGUGUAUUAUACACACAUUGGCAAUGUCAAGUGAAAAGUAAAUUCAUAAACUUUACCUAUCCCACUUCACCUUGAGAAGAAGAGUCAUUUAUAGUUUCCCUGUACUCUUUGGAAAAGUAAGUGAGUCCUUGAAAAAUCUAGACUGGACUGGUUUGUUUGUUUUGACGUAUAACAGGGAAAACAAGUUGCUACUAUUGUCAUCACUAAGUUAUGGCAUUGCCAUCCCGAAGCCUAUUAAUUUGGUUCAAUUACUGUCUGUAUCAGUGAAGAUAACGCAAAUGUGUAUUUCCUUGUCGAAUACACACAUAUGUAGUUUUCGUAGCAACAAGGUCUGUUUUGUUCUACUAAUAGAGCAGCAAAUUCCUAGAUUACACGGUCCUCAAGCGAGCAUUUGGUAGUAGGCCACUGAUGAUGAAAAUAGCAAGCAGCAAUUCCCUGUUGCCCAUGACCAGACAGCAGAGUGGAGUCUGGAAUGCUUGUUGAGAUGAUGCGUGCCCAGUUCGGUCAUUUCCACAUAAAACACACUAAUAA